CAGUCAAAUGAGGUUACUGACUUGAAAAGGAAGGACAUCUUCGUGUUCUCUGAAAAUGUUGACUUUUUUCUCCAUGCCCCAGUAUUUACUAUAAUAUUCUGCAAUUCUCUACAAGUUCUAUAGAGUAAAGCUCGCUUGCAAUACAAAAAAACGUUAUCAAUGCAAAUCAGCUAGCUAGGUAGCUAACUGUCAAAUGUAAAGCAAGUAUUUACUAUAGCUUCUUACAAGGAUGUCUGUCGCGCUGAAAAUAAACCAGAAGAACACCAAUUUGACAAGGAGCCAAAAUGAAUGGUGAAGCACGCGGAUUGUACCGUUAGCGGUACUGACUUACAGCACUGGGACAUAUAUGUGACUUGGACUUACUGUAACUUCCCACUACAACAUUGUUGGAAAACAUUCAGUUUACAGGCCCAGCACAUUCAUGUGGAUCGCUAUUAGCCACCCCAACAGGAAUUCACACAGGUGGAUGUAUCUGGCUAGCCACUCAUGGCCUGCAUUGCAGUGAUGGACAUGGAUUCUCCAGUAUGUCCCUCAUCCAAUCAGAACGACUGUGUCCUGGACCCACUUCCUUUCUCCGAUGUCAAACAGGAACUAGAAGUCGUUCCAAAUUGUUUGAGGAUACACCUGUACUAUCUGGGCAAGGGCGAGGCCAACUGUCUAGAGCUCACCUACCAGCCCGGCGACUACGUGAUUGAGGAGCUGUGCAUUGAUGCCGCCAAGGCCUGUGGCUUUUCACCAAUGUAUUGCAACUUAUUUGGCCUGAUGAGGGAGAGCGACCACAUGUGGCUUCCACCCAAUCACGUCCUCAACCUGGACAAAUCGGCCAAUGAGAGUCUCCUCUUCAGAGUGAGGUUUUACUUCUCUGAAUGGUAUUACAGUGGACGCUCCGAUAGCCACCGCUAUGGGGUCAACAAAGGACUGGAGAGCCCCAUCAUCGAUGACACUGUCAUGUUCUACCUCUUUGCCCAAUGGCGGAGUGACUUUGUGAAUGGUUGGGUGAGUAUCCCAAUGACCCACGAGACCCAGGAGGAGUGUCUUGGCAUGGCAGUGUUGGAUAUGAUGAGGGUGGCCAAGGAGAGCAGCCAGUCCCCUGUGGACAUCUACUACGACACCAGUUAUAAGUUGUUCUUGCCCAAGGACAUGCGUACUUGUAUCCAGAAGUACCACUAUGUGACACGAAAGAGGAUCCGCCAUCGCUUCAAGAAGUUCAUCCAACAGUUCAGCCAGUGUAAAGCCACCGUUCGCGACCUCAAGCUCAAAUAUCUGGUAAACCUGGAGUCACUUCAGCCGGCUUUCUACUCCGAGAGCUUCCAAGUCACAGAGCCCUCUGCCGGAGAGGUCACCAUCGUCGUCACGGGCAACAACGGAAUCCAGUGGUCAAAGGGGAAUUCUGUAGAAACCGACGAGGGUUUACAGGCGUACUGUGAUUUCCCUGAGGUUAUAGAUAUCAGCAUCAAGCAGGCCAACAAGGACGGCUCUAUUGAGAGUCGCAUCGUCACCAUCAACCGUCAGGACAAUCAGACUCUGGAGCUGGAGUUCCAUUCCCUGUCAGAAGCGUUGUCUUUUGUGUCACUGGUGGAUGGAUACUACCGCUUAACAGCAGAUGCCCACCACUACCUUUGUAAAGAAACUGCGCCCCCUAGGCUGCUGGAGGCUAUUCAGAGCUACUGUCACGGCCCAGUCUCGAUGGACUUUGCUAUCAAUAAACUGCGGCGGUCUGGGAAUCAUAAGGGCCUGUACAUCCUGCGCAGCAGCCCUAAGGACUACAACAAAUACUUCCUGUCGUUUGUAGUGGGUUCUGACAGCCAGGUGGAGUAUAAGCACUGUCAGGUAGUGAUGACGGACCAGGGAGAGUACAUCCUCUCUGGGGCCAAGAAGAGUUUUGGCUCGCUGAGGGAACUGCUCCACCGCUACCAGAAGGAGGCGCUGCGCUCUGAUGGACACAUCUUCCACUUCACCAAGUGCUGUCCACCUAAGGCUAACGAAAAGUCAAACCUGUUGGUAUGCAGAGGGAACCGAGGGGCUGAGGUACCCCAAACCCCCUCCCUCCACAGACACAUCAGCCAGAUGGUCUUCCACAAAAUUCGCAAGGAGGACCUCAUCAUCAAAGACAGCCUGGGUCAGGGAACGUUCACAAAGAUCUUCUGUGGUGUGAGGAAGGAGCUUGGAGACUACGGAGAAAUCCACCAGAUGGACGUCAUCGUCAAGAUUCUGGAAAGGGCUCAUCGUAACUACUCCGAGUCGUUCUUUGAGGCUGCCAGCAUGAUGAGUCAGCUGUCCCAUAAGCACCUACUGCUCAACUAUGGCGUGUGUGUCUGUGGAGAGGAGAACAUGAUGGUGCAGGAGUAUGGGAAGUUUGGGUCCCUGGAUAUGUACCUGAAGAAGAAUAAAAGCUCUGUGAACAUCACUUGGAAGCUGGAAGUUGCCAAACAGCUGGCCUGGGCUAUGCAUUACCUGGAAGAUAAGAGUAUUAUCCAUGGGAAUGUGUGUGCCAAGAAUGUGCUGUUGAUCCGAGAAGAGGACAGGAAGGGGGGGAACCCUCCGUUCAUCAAACUGAGUGACCCUGGAAUCAGCAUCACAGUGUUGCCCAAAGAUGUCUUGGUGGAGCGUAUCCCCUGGGUGCCUCCUGAGUGUAUAGAAGAGCCCAGAGAUCUGACCCUGGCCACGGAUAAGUGGGCCUUUGGAACAACACUGUGGGAGAUUUGUAGUGGAGGGGACAAACCACUCUGUACAUUGGACUGCUCCAAGAAACGCCUGUUUUAUGAGGACCGCCAUCAGCUGCCUGCCCCUAAGUGGACAGAGCUGGCCAAUCUGAUCAACAGCUGUAUGGAUUAUGAGCCCACCAACAGACCCUGCUUUAAAGCCGUCAUCAGAGACCUCAACAGCCUCUUCACUCCUGACUAUGAGCUGCUGGUGGAGAGUGACAUGGUGCCCAAUAGGACAAGAGGGUUUGGGUUCCCAGGGGCUUUUGAGAAUCAGGAUCCUACUGUGUUUGAGGAGAGACAUCUCAUUUUCCUCAAACAACUGGGCAAGGGAAAUUUUGGCAGUGUGGAGAUGUGUCGGUAUGAUCCUCAGCAGGACAACACGGGGGAGGUCGUCGCCGUCAAGAAACUGCAGCACAGCACGGCUGAACACCUCAGAGACUUUGAACGGGAGAUCGAGAUUCUCAAGUCCCUUCAGCACGACAAUAUUGUCAAGUACAAGGGCGUGUGCUACAGCGCUGGUCGAAGGAACCUGCGCCUGAUAAUGGAGUACCUCCCUCACGGCAGUCUGAGAGACUACCUCAUCAAGAACAAGGACUGCUUCGACUACAAGAAGCUCCUUCACUAUGCCUCACAGAUCUGCAAAGGCAUGGACUACCUGGCUAACAAGCGUUACAUACACAGAGACCUGGCCACCCGUAACAUUCUUGUGGAGAGCGAGUUCAGGGUUAAGAUAGGGGACUUUGGCCUCACUAAGGUCCUGCCUCAGGAUAAGGAGUACUACACGGUCAGAGAGCCAGGAGAGAGCCCCAUCUUCUGGUAUGCCCCAGAGUCGCUGACAGAGAGCAAGUUCUCGGUGGCCUCAGACGUGUGGAGCUUUGGAGUGGUCCUGUACGAGCUGUUCACCCACAGUGAUAAGAACUGCAGUCCUCCCGCUGUGUUCAUGGAUCAGAUGGGCAGUGACAGGCAGGGCCAGAUGAUUGUGUAUCACCUCAUUGAUUUGCUGAAAAGAGGAUAUAGACUCCCUUCUCCCAAGGACUGUACUGAGGAGAUUUACAAAAUGAUGACUGAGUGCUGGAAUGUUGACCCAGGCCAGCGUCCCACCUUCAAAAUGUUAGCCCAGAGUGUGGACAGGUUUCGGGACAGUAAAGAGGGCUGAGGACACCUGCCUGCAAAUUGUAAGAAGCAGAAUGAACGAGACUUCUAGAUGUCCAAUAAGAGGUGCUGGUUUUCCAUUGUAAAUAUUUUGCCACAGGAGCGCCACAGCGAAUACAACCUUUACUACACCUCGAUUCUAGAAAAGUAAAUAUAGUCAUCUGAGCCAAUGGGUUUCUUGAGCAAAGAGGAUGAGCAAAGAGGGAAGAUUACCAGUGGCAUUCUGGGAGGAGAUUGAUAUCAACAUAGGUCAACCUUGUUUGCGAACCUAGUCCCUUUUUGUGAGAUUUGGAGAAGGAAAUGACUGUAUGCUACUUUGUCAGUGUCUUUUCAAUCGGCACUGUUGCUUCUGUGCUAUUCUAGGACUUCUCUAGGACUGUUUUUGACUCAGUCCAAGGCAGAACAUUCUGCAAUAGUACCCCUUUCUGUUACUUUGCAAAUCCUUGUUACCAUUGGCACAAAGCACAUUUCCUCCUGUUUUGUCAAGACGCUAGUGUCUCUUGAGUUCCGAACAAGGUUUUUAUACCGCCUGUGACAUACUGUAUGUUUGUACUAAGAGCAGCACACACACUGAUACCUGCAGUUGGUAAAGAACUUAAAGGGAUAUCUGAGUGUUCCUAAUGCUGUGCAUAUCCAGGCAUAGAAUGUUCAUUAUAGUAUUUUCAAAGAUCUUGCUAUGUUGGAAUAGCAAUAUUUGGAUUUGAGAUUAAAUAGUUAUUGUAAAGCCAAAUUCGGGGUGACCGUCUGUUUGUCCCAGUACUGUGGGUUGUAAUAUUGUGCCAUCCUCUCGUCAGCUGUGUUCACUGGAACAUGAAUACGCACUUCUCCUGGAAAAGUAGUAGUAUCAGGAAGUGGGCAAUACUGUUCCUUCGGUCUGUCUGAUAAUAUAUGAACAUGUUUUUUCAUUAUUCGAAUUGUCAUUGUUUUUACACAUGCCAUUAUUUACAUUGAAAGUUAAUGUGCUGGA